GUCUUAUGGGGUUUUACUAGCUCAACUUCCGGUUUAAUCGUCUUGUUGUUGGUACUACGCAACAGUCCUACAUGUGUGGCUAUUUGUUGGUUAUUUGUUGAAAUAAACGAGUAACGAACACAGUUACCGUACAGAAAUGGAUAUACUGAAAGCUGAGAUUCAAAGGAAAAGGAAACUCCUCGAAGACAAGCAGCUUGUUGACGAUUCCAAAAAAUUCUUCAAAAGGUCUGAUCUUGCACGCAAGGAAGAAGAUGAUUACUACAGAAGAUGUGGAUAUAAGGUUCAGAGAGAGACUCCUGAGAGCCAGAUUGAUAAGAAGGUAGAAGAUGAGCCAUCCACCUCAGCUAAUCCAGUGUUAGAACUGGAACUAACAGAAGAGAAGCUGCCGAUGACACUGUCACGACAGGAAGUAAUACGACGUCUUAGAGAGCGAGGAGAACCAAUCAGACUGUUUGGAGAGUCCGACUAUGAUGCCUUCCAGAGACUCAGGAAGAUUGAGAUUCUGACACCAGAAGUAAACAAGGGCUUGAGGAAUGACCUCAAAGCUGCAAUGGACAAGAUUGACCUGCAGUAUCAGAAUGAGAUUGUUGGAGGAACAGAGUCAGGGGAAGUGGACAAACAGCAUGACCUGAAAGUACACGAGGAAAACACAACUAUUGAAGAACUGGAGGCUCUCGGUAAAACCCUGGGCACAGGAGAUGAUGAUGGGGACAUGGAUCUCAUUCACAAGUUUUUGAGGUUUCUUCUUGGCGUUUGGGCCAAAGAUCUGAACAGCAGAGAGGACCAUGUGAAGCGUGGCGUUCAGGGCAAGGUGGCCAGUGCGACCCACUCACAGACUGAGUCCUACCUGAAACCUCUGUUCAGGAAGCUCAAGAAGAAGAAUUUACCAGCUGACAUCAAAGAAUCAAUCACAGACAUCAUCAAAUUCAUGUUGGAGAGAGAAUAUGUCAAGGCAAAUGAUGCCUAUCUGCAGAUGGCCAUCGGUAAUGCUCCCUGGCCCAUCGGUGUGACAAUGGUGGGUAUCCACGCCCGUACUGGGAGAGAGAAGAUCUUCUCCAAACACGUGGCUCACGUUCUCAACGACGAGACGCAGAGAAAAUACAUCCAGGGACUGAAGAGGCUAAUGACUAUCUGCCAGAAACACUUCACGACUGAUCCAUCAAAGUGCGUCGAGUACAACGCUCUUUAAAUGUAUUUUGUGGAGGAUAACUGUCUGAACCCUGUAAUUCAAACAGAAUUUGUGUGAGCAAGACCUUUUGAUGACUUAAACAUUCUUCAACCAUUUGGGUCUUAUCUCGCUCCUCUUAGAUAUGGAUGCACCUUUCUUAAGAUCAUGUUUGUUUCUGGUUUAAGUCCAAACCCUUGUUGCUCGAAACAUAUGUUGUUCUCUUAACGUGGGCUAACAUACUUUCUUUGAAGACUUAUUUUCAUGAUGUGGUAGGAAAAAGUGUAAUUUGCCAAGGAAGAACCAGAUGUGUGAGUUCUAUUACACCUGAGAUAUUUCAGAUACAGCUUUAUUCUUUUUAUCUUUCGUUGGCAUUCUAAUAUCAGUGCAGAAUCACUGUAGUGUGGAUGUUUUCAUGUUUUCAGCAUAUUUUUAAUCCACUUACUGCGUCACUGUACUAUCUUGGUAAAGAAAUAAAGGUUGUUUUUUUUGGUACCA